UGAAAGAUUUUAUGUCAGUUCAAUUUUAUGAACAAAAGUUUUUUUUUUUUUCUCCAUGGUUUUAGUUUUAGUUAAUAAUAACUCUGGCUCUGACUGAGAUAUCAGAGGACCAGCCAUGGUUUGUUUAGGACCAGGUAAAGCUGAAACCCAGUGAUUUGUUCUUCCUCACAAUUGUUCAUUCUUGCAACCUUGUAAACUUGAUUUUGUUUCCAAAAGUUGUGCAAAAUGAGCCAAUCAGAUUAUAGCUUGCCAAAUAGAGGAAGUGCAUGUCAUUUGUGUGUGUGUGGUUGUGUGCGUGCAAAUAUGCAUCAGAUGGUCCGUGGGUGUGCCGUCUGAGCACCAGCACUGAGACUAGCUGUGCCCCACUUCUGUAUCAGACAUUGCAAAUAGGGUAAAAACGAAUAAUUAUCUCUGUUUAGCCAAAAAAAAAAAGUCCUAGAGGAAGUACGUAAAACUAAGAAUGUACCACACUUCGAUAAAUGUGUUAGUUCAGUGUCUUUCAUUGCCAGUGUCACGCCUUUUGUGUUAUCAAUUCUACGAAAGACUAAAUCAAAAUGAAGCACUACAGAUAUUUUUAAAAGAUAAAUAUUUAUAUUUAUUGUUACAUAUGUAUGUACUGUAUGUACGUAUACAAAAUUCUUAGAGGUGUGUUCAGUUCAAUACCUUGGAUUUUGGAUCUCAAAGUUAACUUGGGUGUGUUUUGUAUACAAAAGUACAUGCUGUUGCUCAAUUUGAAGUGCUCACAUUGAAUUGAAUGCUUCUGUACGCACUGUUCUCAAACACGGGUGUGGGUUCAGUCAGAGUGUGUCAUGAUUUACACAACUGCAUGUAUUUCCUCUGUUCUGCCCAUGUCAUUGCUGCAGGUGGAGUAGCGUUCUCUACACUUGUUCUCUAAUCUUUUCCAAAGGACUAAUUCCAGAGUCACCCACUGUGAGACAUUAAUGCUGAAUGGUUUUUAAUGAUGUAAACCGCUCCAAAACAAGAGCGUAAAAGGGCGUGCUUCGUUCCUAUUGUGAGUUUUUCUUUUCCUCCCCCUCGCUCAUUCUAUCAAUCGUUGCCACCCACACACACACUCCCGCACAAGCUCCCAGGGGCAAAGUAAACACUGAGGCUCCCCAUACGCCACGUGCCAGAGGUGUUGUCCCUGACAGGCAGGAAGAACAGCUCGGCUCGCUCACACAGGUGUCUGUCUGAAGGUGUCAUACUUCAGAAAAGACAACAAAGUUCAUUCUCUCUCUCUCUCUCCUGAUAGGUCACAGAUGCCAAAACAGAUCACGUUGCUUGUGUUAUCAAGUGUCAUUGCAUCCAUUGCGUCACAUUAUGACUCGAUGAGAGUGACUCAAACAGUACAAGCUACAUUUGCACUUUAGCCAAGAAAGAUUGGCCAGGUCUGCUGUGAGUCAUCUAAUGAUAUCAGGUGGUGUUGUCAGGUCUAGAGUAAUUCCUGUAAGUAGGCAGGAAUGCUAGCCUAGCUAAUUUAGAAGUACACUUUGUUCGGUGAGCACAAGUCGUGCAGAACUGCAGCUCAGCCUGUACUUUCAGUUCAGUUUUACAGGCUGCCAAAAACGAAUGACCUCUUUAAUGCCAAAACAUUGGUUUGUUUGUUUGAGGGUCCUGACAUGCCUGACACAGCAAUGAUGGCUCAACCAAUUAUGUGAGAUCGGGGUGUGGCUAUCUGUUUGGCUGACCAAUGGCAAAUGAGGGGAUGUGUCACUGAAUGAUAAUGGUGUUCUAAAAUCAACUCACAUUUGAUAUCCUCUGACUGGUUGGAAUCAUAAGCUGCACAUGGAGAAAAACAGCUUGAAAACAGCUUCAGAGAUCACAUUUGUCGGCAGCAUACAUCAUCAAGGGUGUAAUUAUUUUGCAAUCUUUGGUGGGCACAGUUUUUGAAAUGAGACAGCAAUAGUCUGAAGUCAAAAACUUUGGAAUCUGCACCCAUCAUACAAUACACCAUCUUACAUGAAACUCUGACCAAAAUCCGCAGACUGGGUAUGACUUUAGACAACUAUAGCGUUGACUCAUCCAGACUGAAACCAGGGCAAAAAUCUGUUGUGUAGUGCAUUCCAGCCUUUACGUUUAAAAUGGGUUUCAUUCUGAAAAAAUAUUGACUAAAAUUGACAGCGAGCCUUUUGUGUAAAUGGAAGGUGGAAACAUAAUGCAGGAAAACUGGAUCCCAGUUGGAGCCAUAGUCUUGUGGGCUGCACUCGACAUUAGUUGCAACUUAAAGUCCCUAUGAUCCCAUUCCCUCUGUUCUCUUGUAUCACUUCCUGUCUCUACAUAACUAAGCCAAAAACUUCCGCAAAAAAAUAUGCAAAAAGAAUUCCUAGCAUCAUACCCUAGAAGAUCUGAUGCUGUGAAAGGUGUGUUGUAGCAAAAUAAGUUCCUCUUUCAUUUAUUGUGGUAUCUUUUUCUAAACAUUUGCAUUUGCUGAUGAAUAAAUUUAGCACUUUGUAUAGAUGGUGAGUAGCUCCUUGGUCGUAAUAUCAUUCCAGUUAAAGGCCAUCUUCUUAUUUGCAUUUUUGUCUAUAUACAAAUGUUCUUCUUUGCUAGACAGCUUUAUGUAAAUCUCCAUCAAAUGUGUGUCAGUGAAUCCAGCAAAGCUCUGGCAAUCUGAAUGAGCAAAAUCCAACUAUUUCGCAGAAAAAAAUGAUUUGGGCUUGUCCACUUUUAACUGUAUUUGAAGGUGGUUGACAAUUCAAGUGACCACAUUGCAUUUAUAGCACAAAAACUCAUGUCGCUGAAUGCAUCCGAACUGUGAUCAACCUCUUCGCUAAAACAUUUUGCCCACUAUGUGCAGCUUAAAUAAGUGUCCAAUUAAAAGAACUGGAUUUUUGUUUACUUGUGUGCUUUAUCAACACACAGUAACCCAGUGAGAUAGUCUGCAGUGUUGCAGUCAUGAAACCAUGCCCUUGACAUCCAAUCACAAGUUGUCAGAAGAGAUGCAUUUGAGCACUUGUGAUCGGAUCAACCAAAACGCAAGCAAAACCAGGUGUAAACAGGCCUCACUGUGGAAGAGUGUCUCGCCAUUCCCCAUCCCCCAAGAUGCAGGGUGCCGAGUGAAGCCUCUUGCAAGUGAUAAACUGAAACUGUCACACUCUAAACAUCCCUCACACUGCCUUCUGUCCAGGCGUCUGAGACAGAUGGACCGGGAGAGUCCAUGUGCCUCACACAUUUCCAUUUUUGACCGUGCCUGCAGCAGUCCUCCAAAAAUAACCCCCAUUCCUCACGACCUUAUAUGUGCAAGGCCUCAGCGAGGCUACAGUCUGGUGGAGAAUCACAAAUCCAGGUCACACGAGACACGCCGUUGUCCCAUUAUUGCUUUGUGGUUGUUAGCAGGCCUGUGUCUUGCUAUGUAUCUCGUAGAACUAGAUCAGGAGUGUUUGCUACACCUUUUUUCGUACCUUGACAAGGACAGUCGCUAUAGCCUGUCCCUGACCUGCGUACGACUAAGACAGGUCUUUCUGGACCCACAGCUGUGGACGCUACUUCACUUCAGGUCUCCAUGCGAGCUGAGGAGGGACAACUAUGUUCUGGGCUCUUCGCUAAGGUACCUGGCUGUAUCCUGGCACUCGAGCAGGGUCAAAGUGUGCAACAUUGAGGACUGGAUGAAGACCACAUUCCAGAAGGACCUCUGCAGGAAGCACGAAAGCCUCGUCAGUGACUUCCUGGAGCGUGUUUGCCACAUGUGUCCGAAUCUACUCUCGCUGACUCUUUCUGGAUGUGGGCACAUCACGGACGGCAAUGUUAUUAACGUGCUACAAAGCUGCAUGAGGCUACGUAGCCUUAGUCUAGAAAACUGCGCUCGGAUGACUGACUCUGUCCUCCAGGCUGUGGUGAACCACGGCCACAGUCUCACAGAUGUGAGAGUGGACUUUUGUCGCAACGUGACCCAGGCAGGGCUGCAGGAGGUCAGGGACAAGAGACCAAAAGUGCACCUGAGCGCAUUGCACAGUGCGGAUAUGAUUCCAGACAGCAAGCCUGAGGAGAAAAUACAGACCAGGAGAGCUCUGCAGAAGUUCUUGAUCUUCUCCUGACAGCUAGAGGCUACCUAGAGACUUCAGGUUAAAUUGAGGAUUAUAACACUGUCCAGUCCUAUUAUACGUUUUUUAUUCACUAUUUCUUUUAGAAUUCCUUAUUUUGUCAUUUCAGAAGUUUCCAUGAUAGACAGACUUUAUCUCCUAAGUUUUCAUUCCAAUAUCAUUUGAUUUAAUUUUCCUUGUUUACAUUCAGUCCUCCAACCUUUCUACUAUUUUAUUUUACCAGCAAAUUUAUUCUCCUUUGCAAACUCAUUUUUUUGUUUUUUCACUGGGUUGUUUUUCCAUCUGUUUGUUUGUCCAUUUGUCUCCAUGAAAUGACUCUUUGGUCAAGUACACAGUACAAAGACAAUGUAUUCAGUAUGCAGGGCAGGCCAGUCCACAAAUUUCAACCAAAUCUUAAGUUUUAAUAAUAAAACAUUUGCAAACUCUCUGAAGGGCAGUAUUUAUUAAAAGCACAGCAUGUUUUGGUUGUAUAAUCUAGGUUAGUUCUGGAACAACUCAUAGCUGGUUAUCCUCAUCGCGGGUUUUGGACUUCCUCCUAGUUAUGCAAGAGCAAUAUUUGACAGAGCACAGGUUUACAGCCUUGCUGCAUGACAUUUAUUAAGCAAUAACAUGUGAGAGACUGUACUAUAUUGUGAAUUAUACAAUAUAUAUAGGGACAACACACCAGAGGUACAAUAUUCACAAUACACAAUGGCAUCAAGUACCUUAUUGCAUUAACAUUUAUGCAUUUAGAGGAUGAUUUUAUCCAAAAGAUGAUUUCAUUAAGCAAAUUUAUUAAUUCAUCUUUCAUUAUUAAAGAACAGUUGGUUUCUGAUUGGUCAAAACAGCACUGCAGCCAUACUAAAACACACAGUGAAAGAAAUCCUAGCUACCCAUAGAGACGUAAUAUUAAACAGUUAUAUCAAGGAUUUUUUUUAGCACAAUGAUGUAACUUAAUGAAUUUGCUUAAUAAAGUGAAUACUGUAGUAUAGUUAGUUUUAUCUGUUUUAUAACAUUAUUUGCAGAAUUUGUGCAGAGGUUUGGAUAUAAAUUAAAAAGCUAAUAUAUGAUUUUCUUUUUAGAGGAUGCAAGAAUGAGCUGUGGCUAUCUUGUCUUAACGGAGAGUUAUGACCUAAAACCUGCAAAGAGUUAUUUGAGGCCAUGUUGGACAUCUUCCAGCGUUGUGAUUAGAAACAUAUUAUGUAAGAGCUGUAGAAGUAGUUUUGCCAGUGUCUGUGUUGUCCAUGUGACCAUGCUAUUUUGCAUCGUAAUUGCAGUGAAAAUAGAUAUUCUUGCCUCUUGGAGUCAGAGAAUUUAUUCUAUGCCUGUUUGACCUUUUUCAAGUAAUCCAGUCAAACACACAAGUACAGUUUCCUCAAACCCCCAGGGCAUCAUCAAGGCUGUAUGAAGAACAAUCGCACAUUCUGUCCCUAAAUAGUCCAUAAUAUUAUUGGAGAUAAAUUUAGAAAAAUAAAAUAAUUUGUAAUGAGUCUUAACAGAAAGUCCCUUGUUUUAAAGCCAGCGUUCUCCACAGGAUGUUCCCCAUGAUGGAUUGAAGGCUGGAGGGUGAAAUAAUAAUAGGAUCAUUUUUUUCUUUCCCUCUCAUUCCUGUUAUCUGUAUCUCUUUCCAACUCUCGCUCUCUUUCUUUUGUUCAAGGUUUUGUACUUUUCAAGUUACGUAAGUAAAUGUCUGAAGAAGAAAAAACUCAAGUAAUGCCUUUAAUUAUGUAAUAUCUAAUCGUUGUAAAAAAAAAGUCUGUUAUUGUGUACUUGAAAUGAAGACAGUGAGAUAACGUCUGUCUGAUCAAUACUUUAUAAAAAUUCCCAUGACCAGGACAACAAGGAGGGCAUGUGACUCAUGGUCCACCCAUAAAACUUUCGUCCCGGCCCUGUGAAAUCAUGAAAUGGUACUGGCCGUGACAUUUCGUAAGACUUCGCGAGGUCAAAUGAGCAGAGCAGAUUUAGGCAAUCACAGCAUGCUGAUCAUGUUUUGCCACUCAUUUCUUUGUUGCGGAUGUCAAUCCACUCCAAGUGGUUAUGUAAUCUGGUUAACAUUUCCCAAGUAUUUCAUAAUGUCAGGGGUCCAGCAAACAGAUUUAGAAAGGCAGAAAACAUUAGACACUAUUUAUGUGCAACGUGUAAGCAAUUAGCCAAUGGAGCCAAGAAACUGUAGUAGCUUUUCAAAGAAAAAAAGUUUUCACGUUACUAAUGCCAGAGUUUAGACCUUGUAUUUUCUCAAACAGAGAACUAGUUAACACCCUGGGGCAACAGUAAGGUUAGUGUUGAUUGGCUGUAGACAGCAGUGGGCCUGUAAUGUAUCUGAUCAGCCUGAAGCUACACUGGUUACAAUUAUAAACUGGAUCUGUGUAGUCUACUAUGAGGAGGGCAUAAAGCAUGCUGCACAUUUAGUUCAACAUAGUUUAAAAAGAUAAUAUUGUUUUGAUAGAAUACAAUCAAACACAAUAAACACCCCUCACCCACCUUAAAAUGUUGUAGGCAGGUAAGUUAGUAAUGGCAGUAAAAAAGUUGCUAGAUAUUGCAAAAUAUUCAUUAUUUUACUCAGACAACAAGGUCAAGGUCUAAAGACCUUCAAAAUGUAGCUGUCUCAAUAUGUUGCUGUCUUUUGCGACAAUCUUGAGAAUCCCUGACGAAGGUUGUGAGUCUGAAAGUUGCUGUCUCAAUACAUUGCUGUCUCUUACACCAUUUUUACUGUUCAAAUGCCUGAUGGAGUUAAAAAUACCAAAAUCUUGCUUUCUCAGUACUGAAAGGCUGCGUCUUAAACCCUUUGUAUGAAUGCCUGAUGAAGCUGUUGAGGCAAAAAUCUUGACAUUUUAAUACAUCGCCGUCGUUUAACAAAUACAUGAAGUCCACGAGUUUUUAACAAUGCUGUAUUUGUAUUGCCUCCUUUUACGACCUUCUAUGAAAUGUCUGAGAAAUUUCACAAAGCCAAAAGACUGAUGUCUCAAUAAGUUGCCAUCUUUUAUGACCUUUUUAACAGAUGCCUGAAGUUCGUAAGUUUGUAACAUUGCUGCCUUUAAACAUUGCCUUUUUUACGACCUUCUAACAAAUGCCCAAUAAAGUGUGUAAGACCGAAACAUUGCCAUCACAAUAUGUUGCUGUCUCAUACAACUUUGUUACAAAUGCUUGACAAAGUUUACAAGGUCAAAAAAAAAAACAAAAUUUAUUUCUCAAGAAUUUGCUGUUUUUAAUGAGUUUAAAAAUGUGUGACAAAGUUCAAAAGACCUUAACAUUGUCUCAAUACAUUUCUUUCUUUUGCAACCUUUAUAAGGCAUUCGUAAGAAGGUCGUUAGAGAAAGGAAGGUAUUGAGCUAUUAAUUAAAAUCAUUUAAUUCCAGAUUUUGUCAUGCAUUCAUAAGAGGGUCAUCUCAAUAUUGUACAUCAUCACCUCAUUGUCAAAUGCUUAAGAAACGCUCAAUAAAUAUUUGCAAGAUA